AUGUGCUGUCGCUUUUCUGGCAACACAGCCUCUUCAGUCACCAGCCUCAGUUCCAGUAUCACUUCUUGCCCUUUAUCAGUGGCUGGCUCUCCUCCAGCUGUGCCUGUGAUGCGGGUGGGCAUUUAUAAGGUUGCUAUUGUCGCUCAGCAGAGUUUCAUGCACCAUGGAGAAUUAUUUGAGUCCAGCAAUGGUGACGAAGAAGAGAUGUUAGUAUGUGAAGAAGAUUUAGAGCAUAAUCCUUUUGAUGGCUUACCAUACUCAUCUCAUUAUUACAAACUUUUGAAAGAAAGAGAGGAACUUCCAUUUUGGAGUGAAUAUCCUUCCAUGGAGAGUCUUCUUCGUAAUCAAAUUGUGAUUGUUUCAGGAGAUGCUAAGAGUGGCAAAAGUUCCCAAGUUCCCCAAUGGUGUGCUAAGUACGGUCUUUCUGCCCAUUAUCAACAGGGGAUAGGUGUACACAAGCAGACAGCAAUGUGGCUGGCACUACGUGUAACUGAUGAGAUGGAUGUCAAUAGUGGCCAUGAAGUGGGUUAUGUUGUCCCAUUUGAGAGCUGCUGUACCACUGAACCAAUUCAGAGAAAAAAAAAAUGCUGCAAAAAUUACAGAAGAAAAGUGCUAUUAACCAUGAGCUUUGGAGAGUUGUUGGUCUGGAUUCAUACUGUAACCUUUGCAAUUGAUAUUAAUGUGGAGAGAAGAAAUGUUAGUAAAGUAUGCAGCCCUAGAAUCAGGCUGCAUUAUAAGAGUGUCUGCUCUAUCAAUAAAAGCCAAGAAGAUAUGUGCACGCAAAUUCUGGGCACGUCUUCAUCAGGCAAACUCUUCUGCCUCUACCCUGGAUAAUUUACAUACAAGGAAAUGAAACCAUGCCUGUCAGCCAGAAUAUAGGACUCAAAUCUAACUAGCAUGGUUCUUUUUCUGAAGAGAAUGGAUUUAGCAGGCUUAGGCCACUGUGAUCAUGUAGCGUGACCAACUCCUGAAAAUCUGAUGCAGGCUUUAGAAGAUCUUGAUUAUCUGGCACAGAAUAACGAUGGAAACUUUUUUGAAUUUGGAAUAAUUAGGUCAGAGUUUCCUCAGGAUCCACAGUUGUCCAAGUCCAUUUUAGCUUCAUGUGAAUUUGACAGAAUGCUCACCAUUGCUGCCAUGGCAAACCUUCAAGUCCACCCUGUUACAAAGAUGAUGAUUUGGCCACCCCUACAACAUGCUGUCACUUCUUCCUCAGACUACGAUGUUGAGAAAUGGUGUCAUGAUUAUUUCCUAAGCUGUUCUGCACUGAGGAGGGCAGAAGUUAUCAGAGCUGAACUGGCAGAGAUUGUGAAAUGUAUUGAACUUCCCAUUUCAGAACCUGACUUUGAAUCAAAAGAAAAUACGCUAAGCAUAAAGAAACUUCUCUUAUCUGGUUACUUCAUACAACCUGAUGGCUCACUAGGAAAGGGAACCACUGUCCAUACAUCCACGUUAGAGGCUGAGAGAUUUGUGGAACUGGCACUUCAAUAAUAUGUUAGCAAUCUGCCUCCUAGUGAAAGCAAGGAGAUUCUGCAGGAAGAUCAUUUAUCACCUGUUUCAACAAUGAAAGAGGAAUGCUAA